GUUCUUUCCUUAUUGAAGGGCAAUCCCCAAUAUUCUUUAAUUCAAACUGUUUGGAUUUUGCAAAAAUACAAACUUGAAGUUAGGUGUGAUUCAAUUCAAAUUCGACAGAGAUAAAAGAAUGCCUCGGUCCGGAGAGCUGGCCAAGAGAAUACCUGCCCGCUUCGCAACUCACCUCCUUGCCUAAAAUAAACACCAGGAUAUCCUAUUCGAGAUGCCGCCAACCAUUAUUCUAAUACGUCAUGGCGAAGCUUUACACAACAUUACCAAUAACUGGUCACUCCCGGACCCGGGUCUAAGUGACAGAGGUAUACACCUAACCAAGACUCUCCAAGGUGAAUUCGAGCCGGGUUUCCCUUUCAAGCCGGAUGAAUGCCUCAUCGUGGUGAGCCCUCUGAAGAGAACGCUGGAGACCGUGAAAUAUGGUUUCCAGUGGCUUAGAAACCGUGGCGUUCGCGUUGAAGUUCGCGCCGAAUGGCAGGAAACCACGGACAACCCUUGUGAUAUUGGAGCUGAUCCUAAGAUCAUCCAGUCUGAAUGGCCUGAUAUAGAUUUCUCGAGGCUAGACCCCGUCUAUCCUCAGAAGAUUGGUCUAUAUGAGAAUUCAGAAGAGGCUUUUCAAAGAAGAGGAGCUGUUGCCAAAGAGUGGCUCUACAAUCGUCCCGAAAAAUGUAUCAUCGUCGUGACACACUCCGGGUUUAUUCGAAGACUUGUCAAAGGGCCAAGAUACAAGAACCUGGAGUACGGAUCGUACAGGCUUGUCCAGAAUUCGGAAGGUCUCGAAUUUGAGGAGACCCACAGGGUUAUCGUCGACGAUUUAUAGGAUUGCCGUUAAUAAUGACUGAGCCGGUUCGGAGGUGCAGCGAACAUCGAAGGCAAAGAAAAAUAAUAAUGGGUCCGUAGAUAGGGAUUUAAAAUGCAACAAAUUCCUGUCAAGUGAGAAAUUCAUAUGCAUCUUUGCCGGCGAAAUUACUGCAUGAAACCAUAUGCGGACACUUGAGGAGGGGGAUGAUACAGUGGCAUCCCGCUUAAUCCCGUGCUAGAACGAGACGACAUGAGACAACAACAUAAUAAUGCUGGAAACAUCUGGUUAUAAACUACCUACUAUAUGAAU